AUGACGUCGAACGACGAUGGAAGACGAGAGACGAGAGAGGGAGUCGGAGUUCUUGGGGGAGGAACUCGAGGAGCUUUGACGUCCUACGAGGUGGGGCUGACCUUUUUGUUGCUGCGUUUCGCGGAAGAAGCUGCUGAAGAAAGGAAUGUGACAAGCGAGGGGCUGCAACGAGGCCUUGAAUUUCAUGAAUCCAAUGAUGACAUGUCACUUGAUGAAGUUAAUGUCGAAAUGCCGAAGUUGAUUGGCUGUUUGCUCCACGAGUGGUGUGCGAAUGAGAAGGGCUGCUUGGAGAAAUUGCAUGAUCGGCUAAGAAGAAGUGCCAGAAGUGAAUCUGCGAUUUGGGAAGUCUUGAUCUCGGGAUUGAGAUCCGUGAACUCUCCAGAUGCCUUGUUCGAUGUCUUUCGUGGCUUAGAAUCCAUUGUUUGCAGAGACUUUGUCUCCCCCUCCCAACUCCAUUCAAGCGGCGCAUUUGGGCAAAUGGCACGCAGGCUGAUAUUGUCCUUCAAGCAGGCAUCCUUUGAAGCUAUCGUCAAACUUUAUGACCAAGUGCAAAAUUGUCUACUGCAAUUUGAUGGAAGAAGUGAAAGAAGACUUGACGGACUUGACGAAGUGCAAGAAAUGCGGUCCGAGGUGCAAGAGCAGCAAGAAGUGAAAUCAACUGUCUCGACGGCCGCUGCGCACGCCAGCGCUGCGCACGCGGACUCUGCACGAUCGCUGCCACACAUACAUCGCCACACUCCAACUUCGCUUAGUGUCUCGAUGAGUCGUCUGCCAUAUGCUGUCCUGAAGGAGUCUGUGAGACAAAGGACGACUGACUUCCAUCUGGUAUUUUUGGACUAUGUCAACAGUGCUCAAAACGGAUUUCUGGAUUCGGCAGAUGCUUCGCUUCGUUCUUUUCAUGACAAGAAAGUCUUAGGAGAGGAUGCUUCGCUCCCCGUGAAUGCCAUUCUGGCGCUUGCCAAUCUGAAUCUUGAUAUGCGACAAGUGGAUGAUGCACUACAAGCCUUGGAAGACAGCAUUCGAGCGGCGCAGGAAACAUCUGACAGCAGCUGUCUUUGUGCAUGUCUUUAUUUGCUAAGCUUCAUUCUUCAGAUCACUGGGUCGGAUGCCAAGGGGUCACAGUCAUCACAGCAAGCGUCACAAGCCAUGAUGCAUCGAUGCCUCGAGCGAUCUGAAAUGCUUGGAUUGCCCUUGUUGCAAUGCCUUUGCUGCAUGAACAUCGCUCGAACUUUGGCGAAAGACGCAGAGAAAAGCUCAACGGGCACCUUGGGCAGCGCCACGCAGAUGGCGGGCUUCAGCGGCACUGCACAGGUUGCACUGGCAGCGCAAGCUGCACCGCUCGCCGCUUGCAGUGCUGCGCUCCUUGAGGCAUUGCAAGGUGCACCACCAGAUCCACAUGCGCAGGUCUCCACCAUAGAGGCGCCGGUCUCGGUUUCUGGAGCGUUUGCUCAUGCAACAAUGGCAUCCCUGCUUUCCACAUGCAACGGGGACACAGCGUUCUUCAAAACAAGAGCCAAAGUGCUUUUGUGCAACGCUGGCAUCUCAGACGUCUUCGGUUGGCGAGCGUUGAAGCUGAAUUCAUGCAAACAUGUGAUGGAUUUCUACAAAGACAGCUUGACCGCAGAGGAGCAUGCCUUGGCACUACAGCUUUCAGAUGACAAUGAGGUCUUAGAGCAGUUGCGACGGGAACUGCCACAUGCUGGACACCUGUGGGUGAACUCUGUUGCCAAGAGUGCAACUGGUCGAAGUCUUUCCGUGAGGACGGUGCCAAUCUUUCAAUCCUUGGUUUUUCAAACGGGCGGUGCCUUGCGUGCGGUGCGCCACGAGGCCGCUUUCGAUGCCAAGCUUUCUUGGGGACGAGCUGCCACGGAUCUCCGUCUCUCCCAGGGACAGCUCUUGGCGGCCUAUGUCUCGGUCCACCCCUGCGGGACGGGCGAACCACCCGUGCUUUGCCAAUUCUUUUUGAGCCUCGCUGUGAUUCACAAAAAGGCUGCGAAUCCAGUUGAUGCAAUGGCAGCAGCCACGCGAGCUGUAUCAGUGGCUGCCCACGCUGGCUUAGAAAAAGAAAAAGCCGAGGCUCUUUUGAUGAUGGCACAACUGAAGCUCCAAAUGCAAGACCCCUUAGCAGCACUGCACCUGGCGGAAAAGAUCGAGACCUCUGCCUUUGGGGGUCAUUAUGGUGAAGUUGCUUUGCUAGAGGCAGAAGCUCUCCUGGAUUUGCUCAGCAAAGUGUGCAGUCGCAACCAGUCGACUUUGCUCGAAGCCACUGUGGAAAGGCUUGAAGUUGCAGUGAAAAGUUUGGAAUCUUCGGAGCUUUCAGCACCUGCAGAAGUUCGCUGCGCGGCAGAAGCUACACAAGCUAGCCUGGCACAGGCCUCAACACAAGCUUCACAAACUGCUACAGCUCGGAGCAGCACUGCACCUAGAAGCGAUGGCCUCCCUCAGAGCGCUGCUUGCGCCACUGCUUGCGCCCUUGGGCACUAUUGGUUGGCUCGUUCGUAUCAUCAGCUGAAACGAACAACGCAGCGGGACUUCCACGCCCAGCAGUUUCGCAUUCAAACCACUGGGAAGAUCACCACCGAACAGCGGUCUCCUUACCCGAUUUGA